CCAGCUUAGUCUCUCUUGCAGCUCGCAGAAAAUAAAGACCUGUCGGCUCUCUCGCCUCUCCUGCAAUUUUACCUUUUCUGCAUUUUUUUUGUUUUUCCUUUCUUGUCGCAACAGAGUGCAGGAGGCAGCAUCAGUGGCUCCACUUUGAGGCUUGUCAAGGCUCAGCGCACGCACGCACACACACUCACAAACCCAGAGCAAAACAUUUGCUCUCACCUGUCUCCAAACCCAAAGCAAACCUCCCGUCCAAGCAAACCGCCAACACUUGGAACGAGAAGGCACCUAAGCCAGAAUCUAAUGUAAGGGGAAGAAAUUAAAUGUACACUGGCAACUUUUCUCUAAAAAGCAAGUGGCCAAAAGGAAGGAAAGGAGCAUUUUAAGAAGAGGACAACUUAAGGAAGAAUUCAUUUUUUGGAUUUCACACCAAACUUUGAAAAGUUUUUUUUCUUUUAGUUCUUAUUCUGUGCACCUUCUUCUAAGAACAUUGAGACAUUGAUACCUGCAUGUAAAAGCUUUUACAUAGAUAUAUAUAUUUUUUUUUUUUUUUUUUUAAAAAGAGGGAAGAAAACCAAGAGGAAGACUAGCAUGUGGACCACCUAGCUGAAGGCACCACUGAAGCAUCCUUUGCGACAAGGGGGACGCAGACUCUGGAUGUGUAUAAUUCCGAGGGACUGCAUUUUUUUCCCACCGGGCUUAUGAGAUAGCGCAGAGCCAGGCGAGUCACCGAGAAUUACUUCUGUCUCCCCUCACCACCACCACCACCACCUCCACGUCCUCUUCCAAGGGCUCCUGCGACUCUCCCACCUCCUCCCGGCUCGCAGGGGACAUGGGAACGCGCGGCGCCCUCGAUGCCUGAGACCGAGCGGCCGCGGGGCUGUCUGCGGGAAGCGCUUCCCUCCCGGGGCUCGCCGUCCAUGUGCCCGCAGCCGGCGGGGCCUGGAGUCGGGAUGAAUUUCGGCGUGGUCUUCGCGUUCAUCCUCUCGCUGCCCCUGGCCCGCAUGGAGGGGGACCCCAUACCCGAAGACAUUUAUGAGAUUUUGGGUGGCGGCUCAGUGCGCUCCAUCAGUGACCUCCAGCGUGCCCUGCGGAUAGACUCCGUAGAGCAGGACAGCUUGAGCCUGAACCUGAAUGCAACUCAGCCCGAUCAAAACCCUGUGGCCCUGUCCCGAGAGCGACGAAGCCUAGAUGCUCUGGCAGCUGCAGAGACAGCUGUCCUCGCGGAGUGCAAGACGCGGGAGGUGGUCUUCGAGAUCUCCCGCAACAUGGUGGACAGCACCAACGCCAACUUCGUGGUGUGGCCGCCCUGUGUGGAGGUGCAGCGCUGCUCCGGGUGCUGCAACAACCGCAACGUGCAGUGCCGCCCCACGCAGAUCCGUGUCCGGCACGUCCAGGUGAAGAAGAUUGAAUUUGUCCAGAGGAAGCCAAAGUUCAAAAACGUCGUUGUGCCUUUGGAGGACCAUGUGCAGUGUCGGUGUGAAGCCGUGUUCCGACCACCCCCCAGGAACAUCCGUCCCGGGCCGCGCGAACAGAGACGUUUAUUUAAUAUAUUUGCUGUAUUGCCCCCAUGGGGUCCUUGGAAUGAUAACUUUUCCUCUUUGUCCAUCUGCCUCGACGUCUGAUUCAGACGGCAAUUGGUGCUUCCCUUUCCAUCAGUGGACCUUCUCCCACCAAAGCCUCCCUUUCAUUUAUUAGCAUAAUUUUAAAGUUUUACACACACACACACAAAAGGACGAGGAUGACCUAUAUAUAUAUAUAUAUAUAUAUAUAUAUAUGAGAAAAGAACAAAGUACAAAUAAAACCGUGAACACCAACAGCCACAACUUGUGAUGAGAACAGGACAAUUUCUUCCCUGCUACAGAGGACAGGAUGGAAAAUGUGAAAAGGAAAGCGGGUCCAAUUUCUUCCAAGGGAAAGAGAAAAACAGAUGGACAGAGGCCGGAAGGGGAAUAUUCUGCCUUUCCCUCGUGCUUCUGGUAAGGCUGGGGGGCCCAGCUGAGAUCUACACUUGCACUGGACCUACCUUUUGGAAACAGGCAAAUCUCAGAUUGCGAGCGGCGACCAAUGAUGGAAAAUGCACUAAGGACUUUUAUCGCCCUACCUGGACAGAUAUAUAUUUUUAACGUGCGUGUGUAUAUUUUAUUUUAAAAAAGAAAACCAAAACCACUAAGGUGUACAACAUCUCGGGGAACAGAGCAAACAAGCAAAGAAACAAAACAAAGAAGCCAAAUGCAUUCCCCCACUCCCUUUCCCCCCCUGCUCCUGGUGCUGACUGGAAGGUGUUUGGAUCGUGGGGAAGGAGCACAUGGUGGCAGAAUCGUCUCCACACCCCCGGCCCCUGCCAAGGGGAGCCAUCUUUGCACAUGCUCGUGGAGAAUUCAACUUUCCAGGCUUGGACUCAAAUUAUUUUUUAAAUUCACUCUGUAUGUGUGCGUGUGUAUACGUGUGUGUGUGUAUAUAUAUAUAUAUAUAUACGUGUGCGUGCGUGUGCGUGUGUAUGUGUAUUUAUACAUACAUAUAUAAAAAUAUAUAUAUAUAUGUUCUUAAAUGGAUUUCAUUCCCCAGUGGCAGGAAGCUCAGAGGCACGUGCAUGCAUUGGCUUCACUGGGCUGGCAGAAAAGCCCAUGGUUGCUGCAACGUGCCUGCGAGGCCGGGGACGGGGCAGGCAGAGGCAUCAUCUGAUCUCUCUCUUUCUUGUUACCCUUUUCUCUCACUCUGCACCACCCCCCCAGCACAACUUCCUUGCAGGAGGUGAAGUGGCACCACAACAACACCAAGGACAGCCAAACUUAGAAGCAUGACUUAAUCUCAGUGAGCUGUCCUUGCCUGCUCUGUGGUCUUGAAAGCAGAAUCAUGUCAUUCCCACGAGGUUUUUAACCCUUUCCUGAAUGUCCUGCAUAUUAUGCCUCCACUAAUCUCUCCCUGCCAACGUCCCCACAUCUCCCAUCAUUUUCCUCACAUUUUCCCACUCAAGCUCCUCCUUGAUCUUUACCCAUUAGAUGUUCCCAGCCCACUUGGAAGUUGAUCCAUGAUGUGGACAGUUCUGUGUCGGUAUAGAGAAAGAAAUGAGGAUGGUCUUCACAGCUGGCAGCCGCCAUCUGAGACAGAAAGGAGCUCUUCUAAGUGAGGAGGACUCAAGAGAACAACUGGAGGGUCAGUUGUAGAGUCCCUCCUGGGCCACUGCCUGUCUUCGAGGAGGGAGGAGGACUGUGUGGGCAGGGGCUGGUUUUGCACAGGUAAUAAUCAGUAACCAUUAGCAGACUUGUUACAUAUGAUGGGAAUUCCCAGCAUCACCUUGGAGUCAGGGUCUUGGAUUGUGCUGUGCUGGGCACUGCAGUUAUACAUGAAGAAAACGCCUGCCCAGAGCAAUCACACGGUGCUUCUCCCCUUGUACACACACACCCCUGUUGUGGGGCAAAACUCUGGAGGGAGAUGGGGCAAGUAGCCAAAGCCACAGCCUGGGAGCUGUUACAAGUUGUGGAGGGACCCAGUCCUCACCUCCCGCAAGCCCAGAGCACUUCUCGUACCACUGCCAAGGCAGCACGUUGCUCCCUCCCUCCGCCCCCAAGCCCUCAAGUCUUAAGACACUUUCUUUUCCUGUUCCAAAAUCUGUUUCUUUUGGUUUGUAAAUAAGGUGAGGUUUUGUUUUAUUUUAUUUUAAAUUUUUUUGCCUUUUUUUAAAUGUAAGAUUAAUUUAUACUCAGUACUGUAUUUAAAGUUGUAAAAAAAAAAAAAAAAGAAAAAAAGGAAAUCACCUCUUGAA